AUGAUCGUUAUGAUCCUGCUGGACGAAGCGCGAACUCCCUCAGUACUGGAAAUGUACUUUGCCCGCUGUUUCGGCCUGAGUCUCCUCACCAUCGGCGCCAUCACUUUCAUCCUCACAGGCUCAAUACCCCUCUCAUCAUCCUACUCCAUGACAACAGAUGAAUCCGAUCCCAAAGCCCCGUACGCCAUGCCUACAGUCCUCAUGACAUCUAUCUUCCACGCCUCAUCUGCCUUCUAUACUUAUGCCUGGUACUAUACGACGGGGCAAGCGAGUUUUGCGUUGGCUAUGACAGUGUAUGGCGGGUUGGCGGCGGUGGGUCUUUGGUGUUUGCUGUUUGCUAAUAGUGCGGGAAGAAUAAGUAGCAGGACUGGGGCGGAUAAGAGGAUGUCUGGGUUUCCAUUUAAGAAUGCUGAGGCGGAUAAGAAAGGGGGGUGGAAGAAGAGAUUGUAA